GCAAGUUAUGGCUUUGCGUUGUUAAGGCCGCGCGUUGUUUUGGUCGUGUCCUCGAGGAACAGUCGUCUAAGACUCAGUCGUUACCCUUCAAAAUCAAUUGAAAGACUCAAUAAUUCCUUUCUUCCUUUUUUAACUUCCGCCAUUAAAUCUCUGUUUCUGUGCCUUUCUCACUUUCAAUUUUUACAAUUGUUUCAGAUUUUAGAAUUCAUUUUUAAAUAUUUAUUUAUUUACAACUUUUCGUAAAAAGCAGUCAUUUUUAAUUUAGUAAAGUUGGCGACACAUGUUCGUUGAGUGUUCGAGACUAUUUGUUUUAACUAAACAUUUAUUUCAAUAAUUUAUUGAGAUUAUUUUUUGAAUGAUUUUUAUGUAUUUAUGUGUUCCUCCAGAGUUUAUUAUUAAAUUUUGUCUCGUGCUUUCUUGACACUCUCCUAAUUGUAUUUUAAAUUAGAAAUUUGAUUUUUCUGUGUCGCCAAACAAAACUUCUUGUUUAAACUGCAGAACAUUGAACUCUAAAAUUAACAGCGGAAAAUUUUUUUGUCCAUUUAUUCACUGUAUUAGGUUCUUGUAAGUGACCGGCGUGCGACGGGAUCCUGCACGGGAUUUUGCUGGAUACCGCUCCCGCACUUCCGUACUUUUUCCGAUUUGCGGGAGUGCAGGAUUAUUCCCGGGGGAGUUACUCCCGCAAACUUUUUUUAAGGUUACUCCCGCGUUUGAUCCCGCAAAUACGAUUUUGCCGGUCACUAGUUUGUAUACGCUAGUGCGAAACACAAAAUUUGAUUUAUAUCCUAAUUUUUAUUUUAUUCAUACUUUUGAAACCGAAAUCUUUCUGUACAAUUUGUUUUUUUAAUCUUAUAUUUUGUAGAAUACAAUUGUCCUGCUUCAUCUCAAAAAAUUCUAAAAAUGAGCAAAGAACAAGCUGUUCAAGAAGUUCAAGAAGUCGAACAAAUUGAUAAGGCGUCUGAGGAAAAGGUUUCGACUCCAGCCAAGCAACUGGCUUCGGCAGAUGCUCCAAAGCCUGAUGUUGGGGAAGAAAGCCGUGAUUCGGUGGUUUCGUCUGUGGACAACGGUGUCUCUGAAGAAGACCAGGAUGAAGGUAGUCAAAAGAGUGCGGAUGAUGAAAAGCCGGAUGAGGUCACUACUGAGGACACUUCGAAGCAUCUUUCUUCUGACAACGGAACUGCCGAUCGGUCUGUCAAGGGAAAUGGUCAUUCGGCUGAAGAGAAAAGUGACGUCGUCACUGAAGUGGUUGCUGAACUUAAUGGAAAUGAUGCUAAGAACCGCAAACGUUCUGGACCAGGCGAUGAUUUAACGCACGAGGAAGAUCAGCUUCAGCAGAAGAAGAAGCGCGUGGAAGAUGUAAGUUUUAAAUUAAAAUAUGCCCGUGGAACAUAG